AUGUUGGCGGCCGUGGAGGCGGCCAUGGAGGCGGCGCGGAGGCCGCGGCUGAGGCUGAGCCGGCGGAGGCCGCCCCCGCGGGACGGGGCCCCCGACGGCCGCCCCCGCCCGCUGCCGGAGCCCGACGGCGGGAGCGCGGGGCCGUGGGCGCUGCUGCUGCGCGCGGUGCGGGCGGACCCGAGCCCCGACGGAGAGGCGCCGCCGCUGCCCGCCUUCCCCGCGCAGGUGCGCGCCGGCCGGGGGGGAGCCCCGGCGCGACCCCCGCGCGCCCCGACCCCCGAGACCUUCGCGGCGGGAGGCGAGACCUUCUCCUGGACGCCGCUCCCGCCCCCCCGCGCGGGGCCGCGCCGCUCGUACCGGGUGCUCCGCGCGGCCCGGGGCGCCGGGGGCCCGCGCCACCCCGCCCCGAGCCCGGCCGCGCGGGGGCCCAGCGCCGAGGAGCCGCGCGCCGGGGAGGCGGCACCUGCGCUGCGGAGCUGCCCCCUGUGCCAGGCCGACUUCGCCCCCAGGCUGACCCCGCUGGAGGUGGACAGCCACCUGGCCCAGUGCCUGGCGGAGAGCACAGAGGACGUGGUGUGGUGAGCAGCUGGCGCCUGGCCUGCGCCCAUCAGCGGAGGGACCGGAGCAGCACAGGCGUCGGAGCCCCGUCCCCCGCGGUGCUGCGCAGGCCGCCACGAGCUGGGUGGACAGAGCUACUGGUCAGCGCCUGGCGGGGACCAGACAGCUGAGUGAACUGGCCUUGUUCUGGACGCUGUCGUUGGGCGCGGGGCAGGGAGCAUGUCCCCCACACGUGCAGUAGCUACGCCGCUCGGGAGCCCGUCUGCUGCAGGGUUGUGGUCACUGUCGGGUGCAGAUGUCCUGCUGUGGCCACCGCGUCCUCCACCACAGGGGCUUCGAGCAGCUGCCCCUCCGGCCUAGAAGCCGUGGGUGGCCCCAGCCGCGGUGGCUCUUCCCACCGGGCGGCCCCAGGCCUGUGGUCUCACUGGGUGGUGGGGGUAGAAGGGCGGCCACGUUAACUUCCAUAAUUUGUCAGCGCUUUUCCUUUCAAAGAUGGCCUCACACAGACGGGGGGGCCCCUUGUGUCCUCCGCGGGAGAAGGGGGUCUGGGAAGGCUGCCCGCCGGGUGGAUCCAGUUCUAGGGGGGCUGGGGGGGUGGCAGCGUUUGGGGGUGAACAGCAGCCAGAGCGUGUGGGCCUCUGCCCAUGGUCCCCACUGGCCCCUCUGCUGGGGGAUGGGGGUGGGCCCAGGAGUUCCUGCCUCUGCCCCUCAGUGUUGCUUGGACCCCGAAACUGCCCUAAAAAAGUAUUUUUAAAACAACGGCUGGAAAGCGGUGCUGGUUGGAACACCUCCUUGUAACAAGCAGCAAGGCGCCGAGCGCGUCUGUGGGCGCCGGG